AUGUCUAUGAUAUCUCAAAGUGUUGAGCUCUAAAAAAACAGACCCAAGCAAUUAGACAUGUCUUCCCUAUAUAGCGAAGAAAAUAAAUCUUCUCAUGUUAUCAAUCACGUAAUUAACUAUUAUACUCAGUUAGAGAAUACAUCAAAGAUCAUUUCACCACUUUAUUCUAUGUCAAAUUCAUUGCUCAAGGAACCUACAAAGUAUGAAUGUCCGAAUCAUUAAUAAAUGAAAGCAAUGACUUUGUCCAAAUACUUAUAUGGACAUCCUCCUAAGUUGGAUAAUAUAAUGAAUAUCAAUGGAUUUGAACCAAAACUGUAAUUGGAGAUGGUCAAACCAGUUAUCGAUACAAACAUUAUAUAAACUAUUUAAACAAUUUCUGAAGAAGAUCUUUAAACGAUAAAUUUAGAUUAAAUUAAUAUACAGCUCACUGAAAUUGAAUAAACCCUGUAAUAAACUGAUUUUCAUAAAGUAUUAGCGACUUUAACUAAUAUUUUUGAAAAAUUGUCCGAGUCCAUUAAUUAUAAUUUAGAAAACGAAUUGCCUUAUCAAAAACAUAUUGUUUAUUAACUUAGAAUCUCUGUGUUGUUAUCUAAAAUCUACAAAUGCAUGGGAGAUUACAAGAAUUCCAUAAUGUGGUUAUAGAGAAUUCGAGAAAACUACAGAGUAUUUGAUCCUAGCUUAGCGGGUAAGUUGAUGCUCGAGUUAUCAAAAUUAUAUUUCCUCAAUCUCCAAAUCAGGGAAUCUUAAGGAAUCUUGCAUGAAGCAUUAUUGCACUUUGAAAAAAUCUAAUGGAAGGCUGACAUUGCAAAAACUCUGCUUCUGUAAGCUCGUAUGUGUGCUUGGAUGAGUAUAAUAAUUUCGGUAUUACUAGACAACUUUGAUUUGGCCACAAAGUUAGUUUACGGUGCAAUUUCACUUCUAAGAGAAGCCUACAUUAAUGAUGACACCAAAUUAGACUAAGCCUACUUUAUCUUGGCAGAAUGUCAUUAUGUAUCUAAAAAGUAUGAUACAGCCAAAGAGUUCUUAGUUAAAGUUAUCUAGUUGAAUUUGCAAGCUGGAAAAUAAGAGGAUCAUGUUGAAUUCCUUGAAAUCUAUAAUUUAUUAGGACUAAUUCACGUUUAGAUAUUUGAUCUUAAGACUUCUUACUUUUACUUUUGUCAAGCUUAUAAAUGCAUUAACUCCAAUAGCAUAUAAAAAGGACAGAUUUUAAACAAUAUCUCUUUAAUUUAAAAAUUUUUCGGUUAAUUAGAAUUAGCAGAUAGAUGCUAAAAGGCAGCAACAGAAAUUUAUGCUUAAUUUUUAUAGGAAAAUCAUUAAAUUUUCAAGAGAUUACUGCUUAAUUCAAUUAUUGAGUCUUAACAAUGA